AACUUGGCAAAUAUCUUACUGUUUCAAGAAUUCCUCACAAAUUUUUUUUCAGUUCAGGAAAUCCUAACUAACUCAGAAGCCUGUAGCCUGUAAAGUGAUAGACUCGCUACCUUCUGGGCUUCUGGCUCCGCCUGAUAGCUGGUAGACGGUGGCAGUGGUGGCGUUCAGCAACACACAAGCCCGCGCUAUUUAUACCAACCCGGAAGCGCGCUACUCCGAGCACCUCCCCCUCCAUUCCAGUGUGCUUGCACCUUGUCAUGUAGCUGUAACUAAGAGCCAUGGAAGAUGACGCGAUCCAUUCACCCACCACGUCUUCCUCUUCCUCCGACCCCGGCUCAUGCGUCAUCAUUGGCGCGCAAGAGCUGUCCAAGAACGGCAAGCCCAGGCACAUGAGGCGCAAGAGGACCACGUCCCUGCGUGCUCCAGACAGCCGAGCAGCGGAAGCCGAAGACGGCAACGCCCGCGGCGAGGAGAUCAGCAGCAGCUGUGCCGCCGUCGAGCGCGCUGCGAGCCGCAAGGGGGGGACAGCAGGGAGGCACCCGUCGUACCGCGGCGUGCGGCGCCGGAGCUGGGGCAUGUGGGUGUCGGAGAUCCGGGAGCCGCGCAAGAAGUCGCGCAUCUGGCUCGGCACAUUCCCGACCGCGGAGAUGGCCGCGCGGGCGCACGACGUGGCCGCGCUCGCCAUCAAGGGACGCGCGGCGCACCUCAACUUCCCACACCUCGCGCACGAGCUCCCCCGCCCGGUGUCCACCUCCCCGGCUGACAUCCAGGCCGCAGCCGCCAUGGCCGCCGCCGUGGAGCAAUGCGAGACCUCCCCUGCCGCCGUGCCCGAGACGUCAUCGUCAUCGGCAGCCUGUUCGGAGGAGGCCGGGGCCGGCCAUACCGAGGAGAGCGCGCUGUUCGACUUGCCCGACCUUCUGCUGGACCUGAGGUACGGCCUCUGGUCGUCAACCCUCUCGAUGGCGACUCCAGCGGCGGCCGAAGAGUACGACGACGCGGUCGGCCUGCACGAGCCGCUUCUCUGGGCCGAUCAGUGCUGGAUGGACGCCACCGCGCCGGUGCAACCGAACUAGCCGUUCCGUUGGCACGCAGCGGCCGUCACCAAUCGGUAGUUGGCCUGCAACAGGACCAAUACCACGUGCGUUUGCUUGUUUUGCAUUGUGCAGAGAGAAAGAAACGCAUGGUCGCACGGCCGUGGGCGUUUGUGGCGUCGCUGUGAUCUCCGGAUGGCAAGUCACUUUGGGAUUUGGUGAAACAGUAGAUUGGCUAAAUGGCCAGGCAUUUGACUAGUUCAUGAUUAUAUUGAUUUCGAAAAUUAAUUUGGGAGUGACGAUACCACUACUGCUUCAUAUACACAAUAUUACUACUACAUAUAUAUACUUGAGUGCCUGUUUUCUUCAGGAUUUCUCACUCAUAUCACGCUGGCAUACGGAGUAGAGUAGCAAAUUCUGAAAGUCCUACGAAUUUAGUGUUAUAUUAUGAAGUUCCUGUCUUCUUUGAUAUCACACUCUUUUAUUGUAAUCGUCGGAAAUUUGGCGAAAAGUAAUUGUCAGAAAUGCACAAUACAUGAU